AACAAAUUUUGGCUAUAUAAGCUAUCGCUCAACAGCAUUUACACACGCAGUGAUUGCAAUUUCUAGUACCAGGAUCUCAAGCGAGGAAAAUCCACACUGACUGCUGAAUCCUCAUCUAACAAGAGAAGGUUAAAAGCAACAAACUGUGUCGUGGAGCAAUGAGGGUUUUUCAGAGCAUCCUGCUGCUCUUUUGCUGCCAGUUCCUUCAUGCUCUGGAUUUACACUGUACCGUGGUGUGCGGUAACCUGAAGCAGAUAGAUGCUGGAUCUGGUUCAGUGGUUGGUGUGAACAGUUUUAAUGAAGUGUUUGUCCUGAUUGAUAACAUCUUCACAAAGAUCAGCGGGUCUCUAACGCACUUCAGUGUUGGUCCUGCUGGUCAGCUGGGGGUGGAUUCAGCAAACAGAAUCUUCAAGUAUCAGAGUGGUUCCUUUAGUCAGCUUCCAGGGCUUCUCAAACAGGUUGAUGCUGGAGGUGAUCAGAUCAUUGCAGGUGUCAAUAUGAAUGAUGAAAUAUUCUGUUUAAAUAUGGAUGAUAACAACAAAUGGCCAUCCAGCACUCCUUGGGUUCAUCUUAACGGAGGUCUGAAGUAUUACAGCUGUGGCACAUACAGCUGUUGGGGAGUGAACAGCAAUGACCAAAUCUUCAUCAUGAAGGAUGUGUCUAAUAAUGCCUGUUCUGGGUCUGGUGACUGGCAGCAUAUUCCUGGGGCUCUGUCCAUGAUUGAAGUAGCAACUGAUGGCAGUGUCUUUGGUGUCAACCAUGAUGGGAUGUUAUUCCAAAGAACUGGGGUCACUCGCUCCAACCCCACUGGCACAGACUGGCAAGGGAUGGUUGCCUGUCCCAAUGGCCACAUGCAUGUGAGCUUUGACCUGGGAGUGCUGUGGGUCGUGUGUGUUGACGGCUCAAUCCAUAAAUGCUCUUUAUAAUCUGUCGCUGCAACAACAGAGGAGCUCAAUCUUUAACAUAAACCUCAAAAUAAUCAGUCAUUAUUAACAGAAUACUAAAAGCUUGAUUAUACUUUCUUUUCUUCUCUUUUUCUUGCUGUUGCACCAAUAAAGCAUUA